CAGCUGGUUGCAUUAACUGCAGGGUUGGCACAAAUGUGGAGGACAAUGCACGAGUGCCAUAGGGCCCAAGCACUCAUCUCCCAGCAGUUGAAUAACCUCAGUGAUAACCAUAACACAAUACUGAAUUCUGAAUAUCAUCACCAGGCUACAAUUCAGUUUGAGACUGAGGCCUCUUAUUGGUAUAAUAGCUUUCGCAAACUUGUGAAAUCUCAACGAGAUUAUGUAAGUACCCUCCAUAGGUGGAUUGAGCGUACUAGCUGCCUCAGGGAUGGUCAUCAAUAAGGAUCACUCCUCUAUUGAUAGUAUUUGUCAACAGUGGGAGCUUGGGCUUGGCGGAUUACCUGACGAGGAGACCUCUGAUGAAAUAAAAAGUCUUUUGUUAUCCAUCCGUUCCAUUAUUGCCCAACAGACCGAGGAAGAUAAUAUUCUGAAAAGGUUGGAAAAAGUUGAAAGGAGGUUGCAAAAAUGCUUGAACUCGCUGGCUGCGAUGCAAGAAAAAAAUGAACCGAGCUCUGAAGAUGAUGGAGAAAUAGCUGAUAUGAACACCAAGCUUCCAUUAUAUGCUAAAAAAGCUGAAGCUGAAGCCUUAAAGAAGCAAGUGGAAAGUGUGAAAGAAAAUUAUUUGGAUUCUGUCCAGUGUAGUAGGGCCAUGACACUCAAUCACCUCAAAACUGGACUUCCCCAUCUCUUCCAAUCACUGAUGGAAUUUUCAAGUGCUUCAGCCCAAGCAAUUGAGAGUAUCAAUGCCCAGUCAAGCCAGUAGAAUGGAGUGAAUAGUGCAUCACAAACUUCGUGAUAUGAACAAAGAAUAUAUGUUGGUGAUAUAAAUUGUGUUCUUGAUGGCCUGUAUAUUGAAAUAACAUUAUGUUGAGCCAUUCUGAUGGUUUUUUGUAUACCUUCAACUCUCCUUAAUCCUUUACUACACUGAAAGUACUGAAAUGCAGUGAUUGUGUAGAAAACAUAUGUGGCAGGGAGAUUUUAAAUAUAUACCAUUUUAUAAGAUUAGGAAAUUGUCAUGCUAUUUAGGACA